UAGUGGAGCUUGCAGAGGAACGCCUUCGCCCGCAGUACAGCGACGUUUAUAAGCUGUUUGACGAACUUUCCUGUCAUGAUUUCAAUAUGGGGAAACUGCGGUUCAUCUCGAUUUUGGUGGCCGUGUUGGCGGUGCUACUCGGACAGAGAAUUUACAAUUUAAGGAAAAGAGCCCUGGCUACAAGAGAGCUGGUGAAGAAUCACCUCCCCAACUGUGUGCUGCUUGAAAAUCUGGAACAUGGCUCUGAAGAUAUCACCAUCCUUGGAGAUGGGCUCGCCUUUAUCAGCACUGAUCUGAAGUUUCUUGGAUUCCCGGCCACGGAUAACCCCGGAAAGAUCUUUGUCCUUGAUCUCAAAGAUUCCCGGAUGAAACCAAAGGAGCUGCGUAUGCCGAGGAACUUUGAUAUAGAAACCUUCAACCCUCAUGGUAUCAGCCUCUACACCGAUCCAAGUGAUGAUGCCGUCUACCUGUUUGUUGUCAACCAUCCUCACAGAAAAAGCCAAAUUGAGGUGUUCAAAUUUGUUGAGGAAGAACUUUCCCUUGUGCAUCUGAAAACCAUAAAACAUGAGCUUCUCUACAGUGUAAACGAUAUUAUCGCAGUGGGAGUUGACAGCUUCUACGCCACCAAUGAUCACUACUUUGAAAAACAAUUCCUUCAAAGUUAUGUUGAGAUAUUACUGUUUCAGCCGUGGGGUAAUGUUGUGUACUACAGUCCGACGGAAGUCAAAGAGGUCUCUCAUGGUUACUACUUUGCAAAUGGAAUCAACAUGUCACCGGACAAACGGCACAUAUAUGUGGCAGAUCUGUUUGACCAUAAUGUGCACGUGUUGGAGCGUAAAGAAGACAAUACACUGACUCGUGUGAAGACUGUGGCUGUGGGUACUCCUGUUGACAACAUUGAAGUUGAUCCUGAAACUGGUGACCUUUGGGUGGGCUGCCACCCGAAUACAUGGAAGCUCUUCUUUUUCGACCCCAGUGACCCCGCUGGAUCAGAGAUCGUCCGCAUCCAGAACAUCCACUCCGAUAAGCCACAGGUGACUCGGGUGUAUGAAGACGAUGGCCACGUGCUCAUUGGCUCCUCUGUAGCAACCACCUAUGGUGGAAAGUUGCUGAUCGGCACUGUGUUCCAUAAAGCCUUGAUCUGUGAUCUGAAGUAGGCGAUGACUCUUUAGGUUAUGUGAGCAGUAAGCAGAGGGGAAAGAAAAUACUCAAAUUUAGUGAAGUUCAGUGAAAAAUCAAGGAACUCCAGCUUUACCUUUUUGCUCUAUAAGAAUAAACAGUGAUGAUUUGAAUGGUAUACAAGAACUUACUAUGAAGAAUGCAGUUCACAUUGAUGUGCUAAACUUGAUCUGGAAACAGAAACUAAAUAAAUCUCACAUCUGUUGUAGCUUUGGAGACAAAAGCGUAUUUGAAAUUGAGGUGAUUUCACACACUGAAAUGAUUGAAUUGUCUAGACUUUUCAACCACUGUGAAAUACUUUCAUUCAGAAAAAAAAUGCAUGAAGUUGCUUUGCUCUGUAUCACAAAAAGGAUAUUUUUCACUGGUGAGCUGAAAAUGUGAAAUAUUCUCACAGGCAGUGUCUGUAACUGGGUACUUUAUGUAUUUUUAAUCUGAAAUGGUGAAUAACAAAAUAAAACAAAACAAAAUCAAAAAAGA